AUGCUUGUCCAGGAAAGAUGUUUCUUGUGCGCGGUCGUGGCAAUCUGGCUGUUAGGCGGGGUCGCGUUCGCCUCCUCGGCCCUCGACCGCUUCGACCGCCUCGACCGCGAACCACCGACGCAAACAAUCACCUCCGGUGUCGAUAUCACCGAAAUACCAGGCGUGCAACCGCUUCGCACCGAUGCAAGAAACGAAACGAUCGACCGGAAGUCCGAGUAUCCGACCAAACAGCAGGAUUCCAAGACCACCGUCGAGCUUAAAAAGAAACCGGUCGACUUCAAGAUCAAAACCGAUCAAAAGUACCAGAAGCCCUUGAAGGACGAUGACGCGAAACGCGGGGACGAUGUCGCGACGACGACGACCUGGAUGACGUCGACGGAUUCGAACGACGAUACCACCGUGAAAUCAGUGGAAACUAUGGGCGUUACGGUUCCUUUUUUAUUUCACGGGGAGCCUAUUCUAACCGCGACGAACGCUUCGCCGUCGAACGAAUCGUCGUCGAUGACCGGCAAUUUCGCGUCAGCGAUGACAAACGCCAACGGUACGAACGAACCGCGCAUCGCAGAGGAAACGAUGCCCUUUAGAGGCAGAGCGCUGAACAUCUCGGCACCAGAGCCAACCAACUCCUUGCACUCCAACAUCACCGAUCUCAGCGACGUUAGCAUGGACGACGACGACAAAGAAAUCGAAGGCGGAGAAUACGUGGCACCUCGUAACGAGACUGGCAUAAAUGUCUCUUCGACGUUGCUGCCAACGGUGCCGGCGGUCUGCGUCGAGGGAAAUCGUACGUAUUCCGUGGGCGAGAAGAUCGUCAGGGGUUGCGAGGAGAAAUGCGUAUGCGGCGAGGGUGGCGUGGCAACGGACUGUAAAUCGGUCUGUUCUUCCCCGUACGUCAAAGCCAACAGAGCCAUCGAGGAUCCACUGUGCCAGGAGAAGCUGGUCACCGAGGAGCCUUGUUGCGCGAUUCUGGUCUGCGCCGCCGACUCCGUACCCGAACCGGAGGAGACCUGCGUGUUCGCGAACAAAACGAUCAUGAGGGGUCAACGAGUCGAGGACGGCUGCUCCAGAAUCUGCGUCUGCGAACCAGCUGGCAACCUGAACUGUCAACCUAGAUGUCCACCGAACGAAACUACUUCGGCGACUAAUCAACACGAUCGUUGCGUUGUUCUCACCGAUCCAAGAGAUUCUUGUUGCACCAUCAUUCUCUGCGACGUUACUCUGGGCGAUCACGAGAUUCGACCGGAGACGUCGACCGACCUGGCCGUCAAUCUCACCGACGCAAAGGUUCUAAAUUCGACGGCCAUAAAGUUGAAGCUGUCGACGAAGAACCCGCAGGACGUCACCGUGGAAAUAUCCGACAAGAAUCAUGUAUGGAGGCAGCAAAGACCCGACAAAGAGGGUAUCGUAUCGAAUUUAGAACCUGCGCGCACCUAUUACGUACGUGUUACCGAAGGAAAUAGAAUAGGGCCCGCGCUGCAGGUCUUUCUUCCCGCAGAAGUGAUCAAGACGAACGUCUCGGACAAGACGACGGACAAGAGCCCUUGCAGCUACAGAGGAAAGACGUACAAGGUGGGAGCGGAAUGGUACGACGAGUGCAUCUCGUUCUGCGUGUGUACCGACGGCGGGAAAACCGAGUGCGUUACGAUCGAGUGCCCCACAGACUUUGGACUCGACGUUUUGGAUCCUCACUGCUUAGAUUGGGAAACUGUACCGCCGACCUUUGUUCGGAAACCGCCUCGUUGCUGCCCUCAGGAAGUACGGUGCAGAAAUAAUGGUUCGUGCAAUUACGAGGGAAAGACGUACGACAACUGGAGCGAGUUGCCGUCAAACGUGACCGGAUGCGAGAAACGAUGUUACUGCGAGAUGGGAAACGUGUCCUGCCAGGCUGCCUGUCCACCGGUUCCAGCUUUACCGCCGCCAACUUUGCCUUGUCCUUCUUAUCAAUCCACGCUUACGCAUUUGCCUGGUGACGAUUGUUGCAUGAGAUGGAGUUGCAGCCAGAUGCCAGGAACGUCCGCGACGUCCGCGACGCCCGCGACGCCCGCGUACCCCGGCCCGUUGGCCACCGACACGUUCGAUCGACGACCGACUAACGAGUCGGAUACGACCGGGCCCAGCCAGGAACCGGAACGUGCCACUUCCUCGUUGCAGGAACAUCCGAAAGACGUUAACGCGCCCACCGAUACAGGACUGUUUCAUUACCCCAUGGACCCUGGACAUCCCACGAUACCGUACAACGGGCCCUACAGUCCCGAGUACAAACCCACUCAUCCCAGCGUCGAAGACGUGUUUCACUUAGUCCCGCACGCUCCUGAAAAGCAUCCGGCGACCAUGAAAGAAAAGGCCAAGUCGAAAUCGGACGCGAAGAAACCGAUCGAGCAUAUCGUUAAACCGCACAAAGACGAUUAUUAUUUCCCCGGGCCGCUGGCCCCGGACAAAUUCGUGGACAAGACCGCCACGAUGCCCGUACACGAGAACGACAAUCCCGUAAACGUGAACAAUUUACCGCCGAAAUUUGUACCGUUCGAUCAUCCGGCGGGUUUCGCGUUCGCGGUCAGCAACGACGGUCAGAACGUGCCUCAGAGCGGUCUGGACGAGUCCGCCGCGGCUGGUCCACCUUACCGCGGCCCCAUACUCGACAAAGACACGCUCGACCCUAACGUGAUCGUUCCCGCGAAUCCCAAAAAGAAAACGUCACCGAGCGACGCGUUUCACGGCGAGAAGGGUAAAACGCCGACGGGAUUGCCCACUCGGACUAAGCAAACCCACCGCGAUCCCGAGCAAGAGAUUCUUCCCGGUGAGCUUUAUCAUCUGAUAAAUCUGCAACACCCAGGUCUGGUUCGGUUGGACCACCAGCCGGCCGAAGGUCAUCCCGGUUUGUACGAUAUCCAUCAAGAAAUCACGGGUCAGAAACAAUCGACGAACAACCAGAUACAGCCGGGCUAUUUCGGCGAGUCGGUCGACACCGGUGCCCCCGACUCGAAGAAACCCUCCAAGCCGCACAUUUACGCGCAAAAGAACGAAAACGGUCAGACGACGUAUCACGUUCACACCCCAGACAUACCGAACACGCCCCAGCAGAUCGAGGAGUUGUUAGCUCAUAUCAGUCAACACGACCCAAAUCCUGGACCGUUCCAACACUAUCCCGGACAGCCAGCCAUACCUCAUAACGCGCCGCCGAGUGGCUCGCAGCCCACUCUGCCGCUUCACAUUGACGCUCAUAUACCGCAUUCAGGACUCACGCACUUCAACUACCCGUUCGCAGCGCAAACGCCCAACCAGUCAGGCCUGGAUCAUAACGCGUCGCCGAGUUUCCCGUUUCCUGGGGCCAUGUCCGGAUUCCCGAUCGCUUCUUCCCCGGACGAGGUCACCGUGCAGAUCCUCGAAGCCCUCGACGAAAACACCGUUCGUCUGGUCUUCACCGUGCCGCAAGUUUUAGUGGGGCUUCAUGGACGCGUCGAGCUGCGAUACACCAACGACAAAACAAACUUGGACGUGUCCACCUGGAAAGCUCAAGUAUUCGCCCCGCCGAACGAUCUGAUCGCGACCCCCCAAUUAGAGUUCGAAUUGACCGAUCUGAAGCCCUCGACCGAGUACAAGGUGAAGAUCACCGUCAAGCUGAAGGACCUGGCCAAUAGUCCGGCGAGCAAGAUCUAUAGCGUUCGGACUCUGGAGAAACGGGCCGAGGUGACCACGUUACCGCCUCGGAUACCGAUCGACGCCGAGCUCCGUGCUACAGAGACGAACUCCAGCUGGAUCAACGUCGUGUGGAAAAAGUUCACGGAGUACGAGCUGCAAUUCAUCGACGGCGUUCAGUUGAAGUAUAAGGAGCAAGACGGCAAGGUUUAUUCCGGCACGCCGUUGAUCCACAGGGCGGUCAGGAAUUACGUUAUCGAGAACCUCGAGUCGUCGACCACUUACGAGGUCGGGAUUUCCUUCGUCCCGUUUCCGGGACAGUUGACGGAACUGAUCAGCGAAAAGACGAUCCGUGUGACCACCUCGAUGGAACCAGACCCAUACUCGUUCCACGUUCACGUGGAAAUCAAGACGAUCAAGUCGACGGAGGUGGAAGUGACGUGGACCGGGGUGCCUUAUCCAGAAGACAAAUACGUAAACAUUUACAGAGCAAUUUAUCAGAGCGACAGCGGCAAGGAGGAUACGAGCACGUUCAAAAUCGCCAAAAGGGACUCGAACGCGCGAACGGUGAUCAACGAUCUCAAACCAGGCACCAGGUAUCGUCUGUGGCUCGAGGUUUACUUGACCAACGGCAGGAUAAAGAAAAGCAACGUGCAGGAUUUCGUUACCAAACCGGGAAUCCUUCUACCAGCCACGGUUUCUCAGCAAGCAGGAAAGCUUGCGUCCCUGCCCCUUCACGACGGUGAUUACUAUGGUCCGCUGGUGGUGGUGGCCAUCGUCGCAUCCCUCGCGAUCCUAUCGACCCUGAUUCUCUUGAUGAUGUUGAUGAAAAGGCGGACCAGCAGUAAGGCCGACAUUUCCCCCCGUAAAACCACGUCGGCAUACGACAAUCCUUCCUACAAGACCUCUGAGGAUGCCGUGACAAUAUCGAACGGUAGAAACAAGAACACGGAUCACGAGAUGGCUACCAUCAACACCAAUGCCAAGGAGACCGCCUGAAACGUUCUGUAAUUUAUUGAAAUAUAUUUAUUUAUGUGGGACCGUCGCGCCGCCAUCGCCGUCGACGUUUACCUGUGUGUGUACUCUUUCGAUACAAGAAAGAGACGGACUUGCAACGCUAAUUUUUAAAUGCCAAAAAGUGCCUUAGCUCUCGCUAAAACGUACGGACAAUUUACAAACGACCUCCUAGCAAGGAAUUAUAAUUUCUUCCUCAUACCGCGGACGGUUUAACAAUUUUCGAUUUCAGUCAGUGGAAUUGCAUUGUAUUAAUAAACUUGUAAAUAGUGCUGACGUGUAACGUUAAGUCGAAUCAGAAUCAAUUGACUGCUCAAACCCUACGAACAAAUUAUCCCUAUUAUAUCGUUAGUUGCCUAAUCUCUCGCCUCUUCGCGCAAUCUGCAAAGAACAGAGUGGCCAAUCGAGUUUGAUUCAACUUACGAUUAUCGCGUUAGAUGAUUAAGCAACGACUUAUCCAAUCUCUCGUUUUACGACACCGCUCGAGACACGUCGCUAUAAUGUUUCUUUAUACAUACGUUAUAAAUUGACACGUCAAUUUUCUGUAUUUAAUGUCAACGAUUAAGUUGUUGCAAGCAAGUAAUCCCGCUGGAGCUGGACGACUCGUCUGCACUUUGUACAGUUAAAAUUUAGAUCUUUAGAAAUCAAUAACAUG